AUGACAACAUCAACAAUUAUCAAUUUACAAAUAAAUAAUAAUAAUCAAUCUAAAAUUCAAGGUGAUAAACAAGAUUGUUUGAAUAAAAUACCAUCGUCAAUGAUUGCUCAGAUUGAAUUUCCAAAUCAACAACCACAACAACAAUCUAAUGAUGAUAAAUUACUAUUAAAAAAUGCUUGGGGUACAUAUUUUUAUAAGGCUGAUAAACAACGUGAUUGGAAACAGAAUGUCAUCUAUAUAACAUCAAUCAAUUAUGUUGAAGAUUUUUGGUCAUUUUAUACACAUACAUAUGGUCUAAGAGACCUUUCAAAUGGAUCUGAUUAUAUGCUUUUUAAAUCUGGUUGUCUUCCAAUGUGGGAAGAUGUAUCAUCACGUGGCGGUGGUAAAUGGGUUAUAACAAUUGAUCCAAAACGACGUAAACAUGAUCUAGAUAGCUAUUGGCUUCAUCUAAUGUUAUUACUUAUUGGUGAUCUAUUUGGUACUGAUCUAAGUAUAUAUAUCAAUGGUGCUGUUGUUUCAUUACGUGUCAAAGGUGAUCGAUUAGCUUUAUGGUUAAAAAAGAUUGAUGAUCUAAAUUUAAUUAAAACAAUUGGAAUAAAAUUAAAAGAUCUAUUAAAUAUUUCAUCGAAUAAUCAAAUUAUUUAUGAAUACCAUGAACCAAAAUUUGAUGAAUAUAAUAAUGAAAUUCGUCUUAUUAUUUAA